UCCUUUUAAUUCUCUUUUUUCCUUAUUCAUUACACUGAAUUAGCCUUAAUUAUGCAUUUUACUAUCUGGGUUUUCCUUUUAAGCUGCUUUUUCUUCUUGGGAGUUUUUUUAAGCUAAUUUUGAGUGUGAUUACUGGGUUUUGGAUGGAAUUUUGUUGGGUAAAGCAUCAUCAUGUUUUGGGAUUUUGAAUGCCCUUUUCUUAUGAAAGAAUGGAGAAGGAAUCAGCGCGACCUUCUAUUUCAAUGCGUGACAAAAUGUCUAACUGGAAGACUCAGGCUUUGGAAGCACACAAAAGAAAGCCAAUCUCACAGUGGAUUCUUCUACUUUCGAGUGUUGGAGCAAUGCUUGUGGCGUUUCCUGCCUCAAGUCUACUUUCACGUGUUUAUUAUGCAAAUGGGGGUACAAGCAAGUGGAUUAUUUCAUGGGUGGCAGUUGCUGGGUGGCCUUUAACUGCUUUAAUUUUAUUGCCCACUUACUUCUUUUGUAAAACAUUUCCAACUCCUCUGACCCUAAAACUCAUUCUCUCUUAUAUUGUGUUGGGUUUCUUAAGCGCUGCUGACAACCUGAUGUAUGCAUACGCAUAUGCUUAUCUCCCAGCAUCAACUGCCUCUCUUCUGGCUUCAUCAUCCCUGGUGUUUUCUGCUCUGUGUGGAUAUUUUAUUGUGAAAAACAAACUGAAUGCUUCAAUGAUAAAUGCUAUUGUGAUUAUUACAGUUGCUAUAACCAUAAUUGCAUUGGAUUCAGAUUCUGACAGAUAUGACUAUGUCAGUGACCAUCAGUAUAUUAUGGGUUUUAUAUGGGAUAUCUUGGGAUCUGCUCUCCAUGGGCUCAUCUUUGCUCUUUCAGAGCUAGUUUUCAUUAAAUUGUUGGGGAAAAGAUCCUUCCAUGUUGUAUUGGAGCAGCAGGUCAUGGUUUCUUUCUUCGGUUUCGUAUUUACCACCAUUGGGGUCAUUGUGAAUAAAGAUUUUCAAGGGAUGAAAUCUGAGGCUAAAAAUUUUGAAGGUGGUGAAGUUUCAUAUAUCCUGGUUCUUGUCUGGGGUACAAUUACUUUUCAGUUGGGAUUACUGGGAGGCACUGCUGUGCUUUAUUUGGCUUCUACUGUACUGGCUGGUGUUCUCAAUGCAGUGAGGGUACCUCUCACAAGCAUUGCCGCUGUUAUUUUGCUGCACGACCCCAUGAGCGGUUUCAAGAUUCUCUCUUUGAUCACAACAUUCUGGGGAUUUGGUUCUUACAUCUAUGGCAAUUCCUCUUCUAGUAAAGCUUCCUCAUCAUAGCUUCUCGAUUAUCUGCUGUAUUUUCUGCUUUAUUUUUUUUUUCUCCUUUUUGGGUGAUACAUAAAUUGCUUGGUGAUGCAAUUAUAAUAUAUUUCUUCUCACCAGAUGCUGGAACUUAUCUAAGAAUUUUGUUGUGUAUUGCAUGUAUAUAUAUUUCUCAAAUAAUUGCUUAUACUCUUCUUCA